AUGAAGCGACUCAUUACUCUGCUGCUCUUGGCAGCAGCGGCACAAGCACAUUGUAAGAAUUUUUACCCUACUUGUAUCUUCUAUGACCCUUGGAAGGCUUCGGCUUACAAACUCAAUGCAGAUACCUUUCCUCGCCUGGUUGUCAACGGCAAGGCUGAAGCAGCGGAUUGGACUGCAACGCGUAUGACCAAGAAUGCCCAGAGCAAGCAAGGAAUUGAGAAUCCUACCGUUGCCGACAUACGCUGCUACCAGUCCCACAAUGCCCCCGAGGUCGCCGAGGUACCUGCCGGAGCAACUGUUCAUUAUGUUUCUACUCAACAGGUUAACCAUCCAGGCCCAACGCAGUACUACAUGGCCAAGGUUCCAACAGGACAAAGUGCCAAAACUUGGGAUGGGUCUGGAGCAGUCUGGUUCAAGAUAUACAGCAGCGAGACACCCAAGGUAGACAACAACAAGCAACUUUUCUGGCCCGGGCAGAAUGAAUACACGCUGGUGCCAGCCACCAUUCCCAAGAAUAUCCCCAAUGGAGAGUACCUUUUGCGUGUGGAACACAUUGCUCUGCACAUGGCUUCGCAGGCCAACAAGGCACAGUUCUAUCUGUCUUGCUCACAGAUCAACGUGUCCGGCGGCGGGAGCGGCACUCCCGGCCCACUUGUUGCAUUCCCAGGGGCUUAUAGGAGCGCAGAUCCGGGAAUUCUGGUUAACCUGAACACUGUCGCAACCUCACCUGCAUCGUAUGUUGCACCAGGCCCGGCUGUGUGGAGAGGUUGA